AUGUUUCCGACACUAGUGCGCAGGACCGCCGAAAGGCUCACCUCUUCUAUGCUGAGGAAUACGACCUCGACAACCUCGACGGCGGCUCUUACCGGCCCGUAUAAGCUGAAGAAGGUCUGGCCCCCAGACUUCUCCAAGCUUUCCGAAAAAGACCAAUUCCGAUUCGAACGGCGAUAUAAACGGAGACUUAGACUCGCGACUGCGCGGCCGCGGUGGGAGAAAUUCAUAAAAUUGGCGCAGUUGUUCAGUAUGGUUUCCGUCUUUACUUAUGCCGUUUUAUUCAUGGACUGGGGCGCAGAGAAUAAUCCAUUCCAGGGGGCAAGAGACAAAUUCUGGGAUGUUUUCGGCGCCUUCACGCCUGAGCAGAGACAUCAAAGGCGCAACCCGGAUAUAGAAGCGAUCGCAAACCCAAAAUAG